AUGGCGGUGGUGUGGGGGGUUCUGGUGGUCACUGGUGUCACUGCUCUCUUGGCCUAUCCAAACCCAUACACUCGUAGAUCCACGUCUCAGCUGAUCUCAGAGCUGUUUAAUGACUGUGGAGCUCUGGAGUCGUCUCAGCUCUGUGACUACAUCACCAGCAACAGCACCAGCCGAGCUCUGGACGACAUCCCAGACCGCCCAGCUGGUCCUGGGGUCUACUCCGCCCUUUGGCAACUCACUCUGGCCCUGGUGUUUAAGAUCCUCAUCACCAUCUUCACCUUCGGCAUGAAGAUCCCCUCUGGUCUCUUCAUUCCAUCCAUGGCGGUGGGAGCGAUUGCUGGUCGUAUCGUGGGUAUUGCGGUGGAGCAGAUGGCAUACCAUCAUCACGACUGGAUCAUCUUCAGAAGUUGGUGUCGACCAGGAGCAGACUGUGUGACACCUGGUCUCUACGCCAUGGUGGGAGCAGCCGCCUGCCUGGGGGGCGUGACCAGGAUGACAGUCUCUCUCGUGGUCAUUAUGUUCGAGCUGACUGGAGGUCUGGAGUAUAUUGUUCCGUUGAUGGCGGCGGCGGUGACCUCGAAAUGGGUGGCAGACGCCUUCGGGAAAGAGGGAAUCUACGAGUCUCACAUCCAACUGAACGGAUACCCUUAUCUGGACAUCAGGGACGAGUUCACACACAGGACCCUGGCUGCAGACGUGAUGCGCCCCCGCAGGUCGGACCCCCCUCUGGGCCUCCUCACUCAGGACAGCACCUCAGUGGAGGAGGUGGAGGCUCUGAUCAAAGACACAGACUUCAACGGGUUUCCUGUCGUCGUGUCUCGAGAGUCUGAGAGGCUCAUCGGCUUUGUGCAGAGACGAGACCUCACUCUGGCUAUAAAAAGCGCCCGUCAGAAGCAGGAUGGUGUGGUCAGCAGUUCUGUGGUUUACUUCACGGAGGACGCUCCGAUCCUCGCGCCGUCAAACCCUCAACCUCUGAAGCUGAGGCGCAUCCUCAACCUCAGCCCCUUCACCGUCACAGACCACACCCCCAUGGAGACCGUGGUGGACAUCUUCAGGAAGCUGGGCCUGAGGCAGUGCCUGGUCACCAGGAGCGGGCGUCUGUUGGGAAUCAUCACCAAGAAGGACGUUCUCCGACAUAUGGCCCAGAUGAUGAACCAGGACCCAGAGUCUAUCAUGUUCAACUGA